AUGUCGCGCCCCAAACAUAGAGACAUAGCCUGUGCCCGCUGUUUCCGCCUCAAGCGGAAAUGUGACCAUGCAAAGCCCUCCUGUGGGGAAUGUCGCCGCAAAGGCGCCGAGUGCUUGCCGGCCAGAUCUCGAAAGUCGGGCGAGAACAUUACCAUCCCGCUGGAGUAUUUGAGGCAGCUGGAAGAGCGGGUGGCUGAGAUGGAUCGUCGGUCUAGCACUACCGAAACUUAUGUGGAGAUGUGUGAUGCUGGUGUUCAGACUGAUAUGGGGGAUCUUCAUACAUCCAGUGAUCCAACUUUCUUUUUGACUGGCCAGCAUUUGAAUGCAGAGGAUGAUGCGUCUCUGAUGCUGUUGUCUGGAUUACAGUCUCCAUAUCAACGAUUCAUUCGAUCACCGUUAUCUUGCUCGUCGGAUCCAUUGUCUUUUUUGACCAAUGCAACAUUCGACUUUCCGUGGAUGGAUACCGCACCCCCAUUCUCAUUGACUGAUAGCUCGAACUGGUUAAAAGAGCAAUACACUAAUGUCUACUUUUCGGUCACACAUCGCGAAUGGCCCUUCCUAAACGAGACUGCUUGGAAGUCAUGGCAUAACGAAGUCAUUAUAGACGGUCAGCAUGAAUGGCGACAAUUCUUUUUAAACAUUGUCUAUGCAAUCGGCGCAUCUCUUUGCAGCACAAUUCAGCGAGACCCUUCACACUCAAUCCGUUCGAAAGAGUUCUAUGCGUCGGCAAUGCGAUAUUACCCGCACGUCGUGGGGCAUUCAUCUAUGGCUCUACAGAUUCAGGCCUCGUUGCUCAUGAUUCUUUAUGCAUUACACUCUCCUUCUUCCGAGGAGAUUACGACUAGUGUUGCUUCGAUCGUCCCGUUCUGUACGGCUGCCAUGGCAGAAAUCCGAAAGCAUGCGUCGAUCUGCCGAGAAACCGGGUCGAUAACUGAGGCUGAUGAGGUUCUAUCAGAGAAGAUGUUCAUCACAUGCUACAUGCUGAAUGAAAUUAUUGUGUCUGGAUGGGAUCGACCUGUAUCAGCUGCCUAUAGAGUUGUCGACGAUGAUGUGAGUCAUCCGGACCUUUGCAUGCCCCUUUCCAAUUAG